AUGGCCAGCCUCACCGAGCAAAUCCGUGAUUUAAAGUCGCUUGAAGUGACUAGCGUUCUUGACUCGAACAACAAAAGAUUCACCCAUGUCGAAAGCUUCCUCAACGAGGCUGUUGACUACCAGACCCUAAAGCCGCUAAGGAACUUACUCGUGAAGCUUCGCGCCCAGUCGGCGAUGCACAGCUUUAAGGGGGCCUUUCACCCGGUGCCUGGAGAGGACCCCUACAUCGCCAACGCCUUGGAGUCGCUCUUAGGCUUUAUCAAAACCCAUCAAGAAAGCAUCAGGCUGCUGAUGAAGUAUAUCCACGCGGCAGACUUUUACCGCAACUGGGAGGAUGCCCAGAAAGACUUUAAUGACGAGGGGGGGGACCAAGACUUAGGUUGUAGAACAGAUACGGGCAUUAGGAGGCCUAAAGCCAGGUCAGACAGUCGCCAACCAGUUUCAAUAUUGGAUGAACCGCCGCAUUAUGACCGCGGACCCCGAGAAGCCCUUAGCAGAGCAACAAGUACAGCUCACGGCAGAGCAAAUCCAAACAACUCGCUACGUCGGGAAGAUAUGCCAUUUCAUCCGUAA